UUUGCAGAAGCAAUGAAUGCCUUGAAGGACACUGUGACCAGCUGCUAACACCCAGAAGCCUGAUUGCUCAAGGUGUUAUCCGACACUGAAGAAACACAGACUUUUCCUCUCAAUCCCCCUUCCUUACUCUCUAGCUGCAUAAAAACGUUCUACUGCUGCUGCUUCAUUGAAGUGAAUUUGAGUGACCUUGUUCUCCUGCCUUCUCACUUUGGUCAAACGGAAUAAAACUUUCACUAUCUCCAGGCACCCGCAUGUCAGUGUUUGGCAUCAGCUCCACAUCGGGUACAAAAGCACGAAUUUCGGCUUCCCCAACAUCUGCAGUGCAAAAUAUUUGACAAUGGGCAUGGCAUAGCCUCUGACCAACAGCCAGAACGCACACAAGCCACACACAGGCAUGUCUGUCUGCUGAAUAUCAACCUUGCUCCUGGCUGAAAUGAUCCCCGGACGGAGGAAGUGCAUCGCACACAAUUGUUGACUGAAUCAAUGAAUGUGUGGAGGUGGAGGUUGGUGAGGUAAGUGCAAGGAACUGCCAACAAUUGAUGCUUUGUGGACCAGGGAAACCUCAGCAGGGAGAAGCCUAGCUGGGAAGGGCCUUGUUACCAAGCAUGGGGACUUGGCCUCUGGUCAGUGGUGACUGAUCACAGGGUAAAUGGCACAGUUCUCAGGCUUGUGGUGUCUCAGAAACAGGGACAAGGGUGGAUCUCAGACAGUACCAAGUGUGCCAGGUGGAAGAGAGAUGCUCAGGGCCUGAACAGCCAAGAGGAUCCUGGGCUGUUCCACACCCUGAGUCUCCCCUUCCAGGUCAUUCCCUAUGACCACAAAGGGAAUGUAUACUGGGCUUCCUGCUGUGCUACAUGCAGUACAGGCCUUUGACCCUCGGGUUUAUGAUUAUCAAACAUUCAGAAGCCAACCAAUGAGGCAGCCUUGUUGGGAGAGACGGCACAAGGACAGAGCAAAAACUUCUCCCCCUCCACGUGAUCGGCAGGUUUCUGACUCUGAAUAUUGGUCAGCCUCACACUAGCAGGACGCAGUGGUGUACUUUCUAGAGGUGGGAGGGCCCCGGACGGUAUUUCCUGGAUGCCAGUGAGCAGCUGAGAGCUGAAGCUCCCUGGACACUCAAGGCUCUUGUGGUGACAGGCAUCCUGUAAAGGCGUGCAGGGAGUCUAGCUCUCUCUUCUGGACUUUGAGAUUUCAGACACAGAAGUUUGUCCAUGGCUCCUUAUCACAUCCGCAAAUACCGGGAGAGCGACCGCAAGUGGGUCGUGGGCUUGCUCUCCCGGGGGAUGGCAGAGCACGUCCCAGCCACCUUCCAGCAAUUGCUGAAGCUGCCUCGAACCCUCAUACUCUUACUUGGGGGGCCCCUCGCCCUACUCCUAGUCUCUGGCUCUUGGCUCUUGGUCCUCGUGUUCAGCCUCAGCCUCUUCCCUGCCCUGUGGUUCCUUGCCAGAAAACCCUGGAACAUGUUUGUAGACAUGACACUGCACACAGACAUGUCUGACAUCACCAAAUCCUACCUGAGUGAGCGUGGCUCCUGCUUCUGGGUGGCUGAGUCUAGAGAGAAGGUGGUGGGCAUGGUGGGAGCUCUGCCCGUUGACGAUCCCACCUUGAUGGAGAAGCGGUUGCAGCUGUUUCACCUCUUUGUGGACACUGAGCACCGUCGUCAGGGGAUAGCAAAAGCCCUGGUCAGGACUGUCCUCCAGUUUGCCCGGGACCAGGGCUACAGUGAAGUUGUCCUGGAUACCAGCACCAUACAGCUCUCUGCCAUGGCCCUCUACGAGAGCAUGGGCUUCCAGAGAACAGGCCAGUUCUUCUUCUGCAUUUGGGCCAGGCUAGUGGCUGUUCCUUCAGUUCAUUUCAUCUACCACCUCCCUUCUGCUCAGGCAGGGGGUCUGUGAUCUCUUUCUUUGUGUAUUGGUCAGAAUAUAAUCAAUUCGGCUGUAGCAGCAAGCAAUCCCCAACCUUUCACUGCAAUGACACAAUAAAAGCUUAUUGUCCAUUCACA